GGAGCUGGCCCAAGUGGCUGGGGAGAGGGAAGUCGGGGUCUCUCUGCUUAGGCUGCUGUCCCCGAGACCCGAACCCAGACAAGUGGGAGAAAACGGACAGAUGGACAAAUUCAAAAUGUAUUAGAGUUUGAAAACUCAAAGGUUGAAGCUGUUGUGUCCUAAACGAGCUGAAGGUUUUGAUACAUUAAUAGACAAAACAGCUGAAAAUGUGCUUUACUGUGUUCAGCUGGUUUUACACCUGAUGUCCAGCGGGGAGGGGCCUACUCAGACAGGUGUGUUGACCCCACUGCCCUGCCCACACACGCUGCCCCCGCUGCUGGAUGAGGUUGGAGUGAGACCGGUGCCGUACCGCUUGCUAGAGGACCGAGGCUGGGCCUUAGACCUAGACCAGCUCCACGGAGCGCUGAAGACUGCCAGGGGUGUCUGUGAGCCCAGAGCCAUUUACAUCAGCAACCCAGGAAACCCCACAGGACACGUUCAGGACAGGAAGACGAUCCAGGAAGUAAUCCGGCUGGCCUCAGCAGAAGGCCUAGUUCUGCUGGUGGACGAGGUGUUCCAGGACAGCGUGUUUGGACCGGACCAGACCUUUGUCUCUUAUAAGGAGGUUCUGUACCAGAUGGGCGAGCCGUACUCGGACACGGUGGAGCUGGUAUCGAUCCACUCCAUAUCCACGGCCAGAAUGGGAGAAUGUGGUCUGAGAGGAGGCUACAUGGAGGUCAUCAACAUGGAUCCAGGUGUUGUGCAGUUUUUAAGAAGCAUGCAGGCUCCUUCAAGCCCUCCAGUUUUACCACAGCUUGCUCUGGAGCUCAUGCUCAACCCACCUGCACCUGGAGAUCCUUCUCAUAAAAAGUACACACAGGAGAUUCUUCAAAGACAUGAAACUCUUACCCAGAAUGCACGGCGAGCGUGCGAGUUUCUGAAUGGCUUACCGGGAGUGAGCUGCCAGCCGGCGGUGGCCGGACUCUUCCUGUAUCCUCGUCUGAGUUUACCGGCUCAGAUCGUGGAGGAGGCUGAG